AAAGGAAGAAGAGAAAAGGGACAGAAAUCAGCACAGCAAUGGGUGCCGGUCGGUUCUUGUGCGUGGCCCUGCCACUGCUCCUCACUAUUGGCUCCAUCGCCACGCUGCUCUACGCAGUCCUCGCCGGCGUCGCCCACGAGAACCUCAAGCUCAUCCAGGUCGACCUGAGCGAGCUGAGCGUCAGCCCACUGAGCUUCAAGUCGCUCGUCUCGCGCGCCGAGUUCAGCAUCAAGGAGACCCAGACGGACAACAUCACCGCCGAGGCCCUCGGCCUGCACAAGUACUACGACUUGACGCUCUGGGGAUCCUGCUCCUCCGACGACAAGAAGAAGUGGGAUUGCUCCAAGGCGCAGUUCGACUGGGCCACCAAGCAGAUCAACACCACCGACAUCACCGAGGGCAGCACCACCAUCCAGCUGCCCAAGGACGUCAAGGACUCCAUCAAGGUCUUCCAGAAGCUCAUCAAGUGGUCCGAGGUUGCCUUCAUCGUCGCCCUCAUCGGCCUCGGCUUGGAGCUGCUCAUCGGCAUCUUCUCCAACUUCUCCCGCGCCGUCUCGUGCCUGACAUGGUUUGAGUCCCUCGUCACCACCAUCCUCGUCAUCAUCGCUUGCUCCCUCUCCACCGCCACCGUCGCCAUCAUCGCCGGUGUCGUCCAGGGCUCCAAGACUCUCUACGGCGCCAAGGUCCACCUCGACGGCCGCUUCCUCGCCGUUAUCUGGAUUGGCGCCGCCUUCUGCAUCGGCGCCAGCCUCUUCUGGAUCUUCACCAUCUGCUGCUGCAAGCCCGAGAAGCGCCAGAAGAGCAGCAAGCACUCCUCCAUCAGCGAUGGCGAGAAGCUGCUGCCCGGCGGCGGAUUUGGAUCCCGCGGUUAUGCUCCUCUGGGCGAGAACACCGGCUACACCUCCUCCGCUCCCCGCUUCGCUGCUGGCUCCGGCCGCUCUGAUCUUGCUUACGAGCCCUACUCUCACCGCGCCUAAAUAUGAAUACAUGGGUGACCUGAAGCGGUAUUUGAUACCUGACUUGAGAUGUGUGCUGUCUUCAUUUUACAUUCUUUUGCAUGGCGUUCUGGUUAUAGGGGUCUAAGUACCUUAUGAAGAUGGGAUGGAUUUGGGGUGGCACAGUUUGUAUCAAGGCGGUUGGCAGUUGGAAUACCCAAGCUGGUGGGAACAAUCUGUACCUGGACAUAGAGUAUUGAGGCUACCUUUAUGAAUGAACGAUAAGAAACUAU